AUGCUUCUCAACGAAAAGGAGAAGAGCGAAAUGAAACAUGUUAAAAGUGAAUCAAGUGUAGAAACACAUUCAGAUGAGUUUAUUGCACUACACAAGGACAUGCAAAAACUCAUGCAGCUACAAAUUCAACAACAAGAAAGACUACUGGACAUUGAAGUAAACAAAGGUAAACAUUCUUCUACAAAAUUACCUAAACUAGAUUUAAUAUCAUUUGGAGGAGAUAAGACAAAAUGGAGUGAAUUCUGGGAUUCAUUUAAAUGUUCAGUGCAUGAAAAUCACUCACUUUCAAAUAGUGAAAAAUUCAAUUAUUUACGAAAUAAAGUCUUCGGAGAUGCUCAACGUGCGAUCUCAGGUCUAACAUUAUCGGACGCUAAUUAUAAAAUUGCAAUCGAUAUCUUAAGGGAAAGAUUUGGAAAAGUGCAAGAAGUAGUUGACUUACAUUACAAUAAAUUAAUCAAUUUGGAGCCAGCAUCGAAUAAAACCGGAAGUUUAAGAAGCUUGCUCGAUACAGUUGAAAGGCAUUUACGCAGUCUAGAAGUGUUACAUCAAGAUAUUGAUCAAGCUGUGUUUGUGUCAAUGAUACGAGCUAAACUACCUGAGGAAGUUCUUGUUCAGUUAGAAAUAUUAAAUGGGUCGAACAAUGAGUGGAGUAUAGACAAGCUUCGAAAACGAUUGAAUGAAUAUAUUCUUGCCAGGGAAAGAGCAGAAAAGAAAGAUAAUGUGUUGGAAAAGAGAAUACAUGCAUCGUCUAUUCAAUCAGGAUACAAGCAAAAUUCAGCUCAACUAAGGAGCUAUACAUAUUCAGCUCAGUCAAGAAAUAAUACAAAUUCACCCCAACCGAGGAGUUAUUCGAACUCAGCACAAUCAAGAAGUUAUUCAAGUUCUGCUCAUGUGCUUACAGUGAAUAACCCUAAGCAACUUACACAAAGACAACAGACUGAAAAUUAUGCAGAUAAAUGUCGUUAUUGUCAGCAGAAACAUUGGAGCGAUGAGUGCACACAAUGCCGAACUAUAAAUGAAAGAAAACAGCAAUUGAAAGACAGCUGCUUCAAGUGUUUAAAGACAGGUCACAAAUCAAGUGAAUGUAAGAAAAACAAAAUUUGUGCACACUGUGGUGAAGUGAACAAGCAUCACAGAAGUUUGUGUCCUCAAAAAUUCAAGGUGAAGGAAUCAAUGACGCAUUUAGCAAACGAAGAAACAGAAUAUAAAGAGACUGAAAAUUCUGAGAAAAAUGUUCUCGUGUCGUCAAAUGAAAUGGUUCUAAUGCAGACGGCGAUUACAGAUAUUAAAAAUCCAGAUACCUCUGCAACACAGUCGGUUAGACUUUUGUUGGACUCUGGAUCUCAUCGGACAUAUAUCACUGAAAACUUAGCAAGAAAGUUACAUCUCAAAGUAACGGGAGAACAGGAAAUAAAACUUGUAACGUUUGGUAAUAAUAGUACGCAAUGCAUCAAAACAAAAUGUGCUAACAUUGAUGUUAAACUGAAAAAUGGUGAAUACCAUUCAAUCAGUGUGAACAUAGUUCCGACAAUAAGUGGCAACUUGCAUCGAAGUCCAGCAGGUGUUUUGAAUAAGGAGCACGUUAAACAUAUUAUUGGAAGUGUUGAUUUAGCUGAUACAUUACCAACUAGAAACGAAACAUCAUCAAUAGAAAUGUUAGUUGGUAACGACUAUUAUUUGGAUUUUAUUCUGUGUCAAAAGAUCGAACUAAAUCCUGGUUUGUUCCUUCUUGGGUCCAAGUUAGGAUGGAUCCUUACCGGAAGAACUUCUGAUCAAGAUAGCGAUGGCCCAUGUAUGCUUAUUCUAACGCAUGGUAAUAAUGCAACAAAUACAAGUUUAUUUGCCGAUGUGGAUAGUGUUGUACCUGUGAAACCAAAUUUAGAAGACUUUUGGAAUGUGGAGUCAAUAGGUAUUAUAGAAAAACCAAAUAUUUCAGAUGAUGAACAUGCAAUGAAAAUGUUUCAGGAUACAAUCCAGUUUGAAAAUGGCCGAUACCAAGUCAGGUGGCCUUGGACUGAAGAAUUUCCUGAUUUACCUGUGAACAGGGACUUGGCAAUAGGUCGUUUAAAAAGCUGUGUUAAUAAACUAAAAACAAAACCUGAGUUAAUGAUGAAAUAUGAUGAAGUUAUGAGAGAUCAGCUAAGUAAAGGUGUUAUAGAGAAAGUUGAAAAAUCACCAGUAGAUGGUUUGGUACAUUAUUUGCCACACCAUGCUAUUAUCACACCGCAGAAAACAACAACUAAGAUACGCGUAGUAUACGAUGCUUCGGCGAGAACAAGAAAAGAAAACAAAAGUCUAAAUGAGUGCAUGUAUAGGGGACCAGUAAUGCUACAGGACCUCUGUGAUAUGUUACUACGAUUCAGGAUGCAUCCAAUAGCAAUCGUUGCCGAUAUAGAAAAAGCAUUUUUGCAAAUUGGAUUAAAACCUAGUCAGCGUGAUGUCACAAGAUUUCUUUGGUUGAAAGACUGUAAAAAUCCUACUGUAGUUACUGACAAUAUACAAGAAUUCAGAUUUUGUAGGAUUCCUUUUGGAGUAAUCAGUAGUCCGUUCUUAUUAGGAGCAACGGUAGACUUCCAUUUAAAAUGUUAUGAAAAUCCAGUUGCAGAAAAUCUAAGAAACAACAUUUAUGUAGACAAUGUUAUCACCGGAGCUGAAAACACAAGUGAAGCAAUACAUCUAUAUACAAAUUCAAAGGCAAUGUUUGCAGAUGCCUCGAUGAAUUUACGGGAAUGGAUUACCAAUAGUGAUUUUGUAAAUGAAUUCAUUCCAAAGGAAGACAGAGCCGAUACGAAAAGUGUUAAAGUACUUGGACAUCAUUGGAAUGUCAAUGAAGAUACAGUUACAAUAGCAGGUCAAAAAAACAAAUCAAAUGAACCGGAGUGGACAAAACGUACUGUGUUGAAAACAAUUUCGUCGGUUUUUGAUCCACUUGGCUUGCUAUCACCAGUACUCUUACGAGGAAAAGUGUUUAUUCAAUCAUUAUGGCAGAAAAAUAUCAACUGGGAUGACAAUUUGACUAAAGAAGAUCAAGAAAAAUGGUUGUUUAUUUUAAUAGAUAUUCGCAAAAUAGACACGUUGCAAAUUCAAAGAUGCGUUUGUGCGUUCACAGGACAUUCUAAGAAAUACUUAUUGUUAUGUUUCUGUGAUGCAUCGGAAAAGGCAUUCUCAACAGUGAUAUAUUUGCAUGUUUCAGAGAAAAAUACAACCGAUGUAAAUGUAAUAUUUGCAAAGACAAGACUUGCGCCUAUUAAGAAACUAACAAUUCCUAGGUUGGAGCUUCUAGCAGUUCUGAUCGGACUGAGGUGCUUAAAAUUUGUUAAAGAGCAAUUGAGAGUGCCUAUUGAAAAGCAAUUUUUAUGGACAGAUUCGAGAUGUGUUUUACAAUGGGUUACGUCGGAUAAGAAAUUACCGUUAUUUGUAAAGAACAGAGUCAGUGAAAUCAAAGAGCACAUUGAUGUUAACAUGACAUACAUACCAAGUAAAGAAAAUCCAGCAGAUGCUGCAUCCCGAGGGACAACACUGGAAACAUUAGCAACUGACUCUAAUUGGUGGCACGGUCCUAAAUGGUUGUUGAAGCCUACCUCUGAUUGGCCAACCGAUUAUCAAAAAAACGAUGAUAGCUUACAAAUAGUUGAAAUUGAAGAACAAACAAACAAACAAGACAAUAAAGAGACAAUGUUAAUGCAAGCUAAAAUUAAUGCGGAAGAACAUAGUAAUAAUCCUCCAUUUGACAUUGACAGUAAAAGAUUUUCUUCUCUUACAAAACUGCUAAGAGUAACAGCUUUUGUGUUGCGAUUCAUACAGAAACUAAAGAAAGUUGAAAGAAAAUAUGGUUAUUUAGAAUGUGAUGAAUUGUUAGAAGCUGAGAACAUGUGGAUUAAGCAUAUUCAAGAAACUCAUUUUCAAAGUGACAUCAAUUCUAUUCGAGCUAAAAAAGGUACAAAUAGACAACAACAAUUAGGGCUAUUUCUUGACGAACAAGGGUUAUUAAGUUGCACUGGAAGGCUUGAAAAUACAAAUUUAAGUGAAGGUGCCAGACAACCAAUACUUCUUCCAAGAAACGAUCAUUUUACUGAAUUGAUUGUGGAAAAAAUGCAUAAACAACUACUGCAUAGCGGUGUUUCGCAGACGCUUGCAACAACGAGAAAAAGAUUCUGGAUUUUACAUGGUCGUGCAACAGUGAAAAGAGUGUUAAAUAAGUGUGUUGUAUGCAGACGCCACGAAGGUGGUUGCUAUAAAAUGCCACCAUUGUGUUGUCUACCGAGGUCAAGAGUGACAGAAUCAGUACCAUUUUCAAGAACAGGACUAGACUAUUUUGGUCCAGUAUACUUGAAAACAACAACAGGUGACGAGAAAAAGGCAUGGGUAUGCUUAUUUACGUGCUUAGUAACUCGUGCUGUGCACCUUGAACUAGUUUGUGACAUGACCACAGAAGAAUUUCUCUUAGGUUACCGUCGUUUCAUAGCUCAAAGAGGUACUCCAUCGCAUAUAAUUAGUGAUAAUGCAAAGCAGUUUAAAGCCGCUAGUUUAGUGAUAGAUAAGAUAUGGCAUUGUAUAUUACAUAGUCAUGAGGUUCAAAGCUACUCUGCAAAUGCAAACAUCCAAUGGAAUUUUAUUAUAGAGCUCGCGCCCUGGAUGGGAGGAUUUUACGAGAGGCUAGUCGGUCUUGUAAAAAGAUCAUUCAGAAAAGCUGUGGGGCGAAAACUCUUAACAAUCAUUCAAGCUCAAACACUUAUCAAAGAAAUUGAAGCCGUAGUGAACUCAAGACCUUUAGUCUAUAUUGGUGAUGAUGUAAACUCUACAAUUGCAUAA